UCGAGGCAAGGGCGAGCAGACGACCUCGCCGCCGGCGAGGGUUCCUAUCUCCAGCCAAGCACACUCCCUCCCCUAGCGACGGUCCGGCGGAUGGACCUCCAUGCCCGCCUGCUGCGCCGCGGCUGUGUCCCCGGCUUUCCCAGGAUCCGCCGCAAGGCGCCGUUCCCUGGGCUCACCGGCCGACGCCGUGGAAGGCAGGUACGUGGGAGGACUCCACCCUCCUCAGGCUGCGCCGCCCUACGUCCCUCACCUCGAUUGAAGCUGCCCGCUUCCUCCAGCCGCUCGCCGAUGGGGAUCUGCCGGCCGCCCGGCCCCGCGCCGCCACAGUCCAGGAAGGAGAUAUCGCCGUGCGGGCGCUUCUUGAGCUCGGGAGAGGCACAGGAGAAGGAAGAGGCAAAAGGGAGAUCAUCUACAUUAAUAUCCUGUCAAUAA